AUCGGCUAUUCUUACAAUUGUCAUUUGGAGAGCACUUUCACUGGUUAUCUUUUGCACUGCAAAGGUUGGACUUCGACAUAUUUGUACCCAGAAAGACCAUCUUUCUUGGGCUGUGCCCCAGUUGAUAUGCAAGGUUUCUCCUCACAACUUAUAAAAUGGGUUGCUGCACUCACACAAGCUGGUUUAUCACAUCUCAAUCCUCUCACUUACGGCAUGAAAAGCAGAAUGAGAACUGUUCAAUGUUUGUGCUAUGCCUAUUUAAUGUAUUUCUCUCUAUAUUCUUGGGGUAUGGUUUUGCAUGCCAGUGUCCCUUCUACAGGCCUUUUGCUUGGCAUUCAAGUUUACCCCGAGGUCUAUGAUCCUUGGUUUGCAGUAUACGUAAUCGCGUUCAUAUCAACUAUUUUGGAAAAUAUGUCGGAGUCAAUCCCAGAAGGCGGAUCAGUAAAAACAUGGUGGAUGGAAUACAGGGCAUUAAUGAUGAUGGGAGUUAGUGCAAUAUGGUUAGGAGGAUGCAAAGCUAUAAUUGAAAAGAUUAUUGGAACUCAAGGAGAGAAAUUAUAUUUGUCAGACAAAGCAAUUGAUGAGAAAAAACUAAAGAAAUAUGAGAAGGGAAAAUUUGAUUUCCAAGGUAUAGGGAUUCUGGCCGUGCCAUUGAUAACAUUUUCGGUGUUGAAUCUCGUUGGCUUCUUAGUUGGAGUUAAUCAAGUGAUUAUUACUAUGAAGUUCGGAGAUGUUCUGGGCCAACUCCUCGUAUCAUCUUUCUUUGUCUUUGUGGUUGUCACUGUUGUCAUAGAUGUUGUGUCUUUCUUAAAGGUUUCUUAGAGCCUAGCUCUCAAAUGUAUUAUUUGUGCUUGGACUAUGUUCUCUUGAAUAAUAAAGUAUGUACUUCUCCCGGCA